GACAGCACUUACAGGCAGAAAACUGAUCCCAGUGACAUAGCCCAGCCAAGAACUGCACCGCUCUCCUUCCUUCUCCUCAUUCCACACACAUGGAUACAUAACGGUGGGAUUCAGGGACGCUAGCCCUACAUGCUGUGUGUUCUACAGAUACAUUCUGCACUAUGGCAAGGUGGAUUUUAUCACUGGAUUGGUGGAAAGCCUCUUUAUUUCUGCUAUUCCUGCAAGGGCUUCACACAGUAAGAACAGCUUCCCAUGUGGAUAUUCUAAAAGCUCUUGAACUCCGUGAAGGCAACAGAGGAGUAACGCUUGCAUCAGGACUUUGCACACAGCGACAGGGGGUUGAGGAGACGGAUAUCGCUUACCGGCUGGAAAACAGAACGCACUUCAGUGCUCCCACCAAGCAACUAUUCCCAGAUGAUCCAUUCCCUGAAGACUUCUCUAUACUUGUCACUCUGAAGGCCAGAAAAGGAGCUCAAUUCUUCUUGUUCUCUAUUUAUAAUGAGGAUGGCGUCCAGCAGCUUGGCAUGGAGAUAGGGCGUUCCCCUGUGUUUGUGUAUGAGGACCAUAAUGGCAAACCAACCCCUGAACACUAUCCCUUCUUCAAAAAGAUCAACUUGGCUGAUGGCAAGUGGCACCGGAUAGCACUUAGCGUGGAAGGGAAAAAUGCGACCAUGAUUGUUGACUGUGAGAAGGUGCAGAGUCACACGUUGGACCGGGGCAGUAAUCCCAUCAUUAGCACAGAAGGGGUGACUUUGUUUGGAACCAGACUGCUUGAUGAAGAAGUGUUUGAGGGAGACAUCCAGCAAUUAAUGAUUGUGCCAGACCCCAAAGCCGCCUUUGACUAUUGUACCAGUUACAUGCCAAGCUGUGAUUCUGCUCUGAUCUAUGCCUUACAAGCUGAAGACCCUCAAUUUCCUGAAGAGAGCAUUCAAGAAACUAAGCCAAGAAAAAAAGGCAAGAAAGGGAAAGGCAAAAAGGGCAGGAAGGGCAAAAAGAAGAAGAAAAAGUCUGUCGUUGAGGAGACAGAGCCCACUCUCAGCACUAUCAUGGCUGUUACACAAGGAUAUACUACCUCAUCAAUUACACCAGCGGUCACUAUCGUCACGACAGAGACAAGAAAAACACGUAUCAGAGAGGAGGACCCUUUAUCUGACUACGAUGACUAUUAUUAUACUCCAUCGCCUGAAGAUGUUACAGUAUCAACAGUGAUUGCGAACUGGACAGAAAUGGAUAAUGAGGAAAUGACAGAGAUGUACAUUUUUGGAGAAGAGGAGAACAACACAAGAGGGAAUGACUAUGAGUUCACUGAGUACGACGAUGAAGAUUAUGAAGAGAAGAGGAGGAGAUAUGGACCUGUAGAACGUGGUGAAGUGGAAACUCAAGAAUCUAAACCACAGGAAGGAAACUUGAAGGGAGAGAAAGGAGAACCAGCCAUCUUGGAACCUGGCACUGUGAUUGAAGGGCCACGUGGAAAUCCAGGGUAUCCGGGAGAUCCAGGUCCUGCUGGGCCCGUUGGACCCCCUGGGCCACGUGGAGAUCCAGGUGAGAGGGGUCCUCCCGGGCGACCUGGUCUUAAUGGAGCUGAUGGUAUCCGAGGGCCUCCUGGAAACACUGUGUUGCUCCCUUUCCAGUUUGGAGGGGAUUCUGGACACCAGACAGUGUCUUUCCAGGAAGCACAGGCACAGUCCAUCUUGCAGCAAGCAAAGCUGGCUAUGAAAGGACCCCCCGGUCCAAAUGGGAUGACGGGACGUUCAGGCCCCCUCGGCCCUCCAGGGUCCCAAGGUUCAAAGGGUGACUAUGGGGAUCCAGGACCUCCAGGUCCUCGUGGCUUCCAAGGUAUCCCAGGACCCCCGGGAAAGGUUGGCAAAAGAGGGCGCUCUGGAGCAGAUGGUGGUCGUGGUGUUCCAGGAGAAACCGGAAUGAAGGGUGACAGAGGUUUUGAUGGAUUGCCAGGACUCCCAGGAGAAAAGGGUCACAAGGGAGAAUUUGGCGGCCAAGGACCUGCCGGUCCUCAUGGAAAGGAUGGAGAAAAGGGUUCUGUUGGACCACCGGGGCCUGCAGGUUCUCCAGGAGAAGCAGGUGCUCGUGGUCUGGUUGGCCCCCGUGGGUCCCCUGGACCUCCUGGUCAGCAAGGAGUGAAUGGAAUUGAUGGCGCUCAAGGUCCAAAAGGAAAUCAGGGUAUCCAAGGAGAGGCAGGACCUAAUGGGCAGCAAGGAACUCCAGGGCCCCAUGGUCUGCCUGGACCUCAAGGUCCCAUUGGAAUGCCUGGGGAGAAGGGCCCCGCCGGAAAGCAAGGAAUCUCUGGACUGGCCGGAUCGGAUGGCCCACCUGGGCAUCCAGGAAGGGAAGGGCCGGCUGGUGAGAAGGGAAUUCAGGGUCCACCAGGUGCCCCCGGCCCAAUCGGUUACCCCGGUACACGUGGAGUCAAGGGAGCCUUUGGAGUAAGAGGGCCAAAAGGAAGCAAAGGGGAGAAGGGUGAAGAUGGAUUUCCAGGUUUCAAAGGAGAUAUGGGAAUCAAAGGAGACAGGGGGGACCCUGGUCCUAUUGGAGUACGUGGAGAGGAUGGUCCCGAGGGGCCAAAAGGGCAGGCUGGACCCCUUGGGGAAAUAGGAUCAUUGGGGGUACCCGGUGAGAAGGGAAAGCUGGGUGUACCAGGACUUCCCGGGUAUCCAGGCCGUCAGGGUGCCAAGGGUUCCAAUGGCUUUGCCGGACCAUUGGGAACAAUUGGAGAUAAAGGCAAAAGGGGAAGAGCUGGACAAGCUGGACAACCAGGCCAAAGGGGACCUACAGGAAUUCGUGGAGAGCGAGGUCAAAGAGGACCAACAGGAAAACCAGGUGCUAAAGGGGACAGUGGCAACGAUGGAGUUCCCGGCACUAUGGGUGAAAAGGGACCACCAGGUCCUCAGGGGCCUACUGGCUUUGCAGGACCCAAAGGGCCUCCAGGACCCUCUGGGAAGGAUGGGCUACCUGGACAUGGUGGGCAGCGAGGAGAGCCAGGAUUUCAAGGCAAAACAGGACUCCCUGGACCAGUUGGAGUUGUAGGGCCACAGGGAAAAUCUGGAGAAAUAGGGCCUAUGGGUGAAAGAGGACACCCGGGAGCUCCAGGAUCACCAGGGGAACAAGGACUGCCAGGGGCAGCUGGAAGAGAAGGGGCAAAGGGAGACCCUGGUCCAACAGGUAUUCCAGGAAAAAAUGGUCCUCAAGGAUUAAGAGGGUUUCCAGGUGCCAGAGGUGUUGCAGGAGAAGCCGGUCCAGCUGGAUUGAAAGGAGGAGAAGGGCCACCUGGAGCAUCGGGUUCAUCGGGGCCUGGAGGUGAGCGUGGUCCUUCUGGACCAGCAGGAGGCAUUGGACUUCCAGGUCGGCCCGGAGGCCAGGGACCAUCUGGACCAGCUGGUGAAAAAGGGAACCCAGGAGAGAAAGGGCCUAUGGGACCAGCAGGACAUGAUGGGGCACAGGGCAGCAUUGGACCUCCAGGAUCUGCUGGUCCACCAGGGCCUGCAGGUGACGAUGGGGACAAGGGUGAAUUGGGAGGACCUGGACAGAAAGGAAGCAAAGGAGAAAAGGGUGACCCAGGACCUUCAGGACCAAUUGGUAUUCAGGGACCAAUAGGCCAUCCCGGACAAGCUGGUCAAGAUGGAGAACCUGGAAAGAGAGGCCAGCAGGGAAUGUAUGGACAGAAGGGUGAUGAAGGCUACAGAGGGUUUCCUGGUGUGGCAGGUCCAAGAGGACUUCAGGGCAUGCCUGGGCCACCAGGAGAAAAGGGAGAGAGUGGACAUGUUGGACUAAUGGGCCCACCUGGUUCUUCAGGUCCCAGAGGACCACAAGGUCCUAGUGGUGGUGAGGGAGUUCACGGAAUGCCCGGUGGAACAGGACAGCCUGGAGCUGUGGGAGAAAAGGGAGAACCAGGGGAAUCUGGAGACCCAGGCCAAACGGGGGAACAAGGACCGCCUGGAGGCAAAGGUGAUGUCGGUGAAAAGGGAGAAUCGGGUCCUUCGGGGGCAGCUGGGGCUCCUGGAAAGAAAGGCCGUCCAGGAGAAGAUGGACCCAAAGGAAACAUGGGACCUAUUGGCUUUCCUGGAGACUCAGGACAACGGGGAGAGGCUGGCAUACCGGGUGUGGAUGGGAUACCUGGAGAAAAAGGGGAUGCUGGAGAAAGUGGAAAUGCUGGACCUCCUGGACCAUCGGGAGAACCUGGCCCAACGGGUCCACCAGGUCGAAGGGGGCCACUUGGACCAGCUGGGAAAGAAGGCAGACAGGGAGAAAAGGGUGCAAAGGGAGAAAUCGGCGGAGAAGGACAACCUGGAAAGACAGGGCCAGUGGGGCCACAAGGAUCCCCUGGAAAACCAGGAUCAGAAGGUCUAAGGGGCAUCCCUGGACCUGCUGGUGAGCCAGGACUGUUGGGGCCACCUGGACAGACCGGACCACCAGGACCCAUGGGCCCCGCAGGAUUACCAGGCCUUAAAGGAGAUCCAGGAUUUAAAGGGGAUAAGGGUCAUGCUGGAUUAAUAGGUUUAAUUGGACCUCCAGGUGAAAUGGGAGAGAAAGGAGACAGAGGACCACCUGGAAUCCAGGGGGUACCGGGUCCCAAAGGUGACUCUGGGCCUACUGGACCUUCAGGACCAAAUGGACCACCAGGACCAAGUGGCUUAUUGGGCCCUUCAGGUCAGAAAGGUUCAAAAGGAGCUCCGGGCAUACUGGGACUCAAGGGAGAUCCAGGAUCAGCAGGACCUCCCGGGCCUCCGGGUCCACCUGCCCAAUUCAUACAGCCUCUGCCGUACGAGGGAACUAGGAAAAGGCGUAGGCAGUCGGAAGGAGAACAGGCAGAUCAGAGUAUAGGGGAUUAUAUGAAUGAAUAUAUGGAUGAGGAGGUAAAAGCGGUAAUAAGUUCCUUAAAAACGGAAUUGGAACACAUGAGGCGGCCCGUAGGAUCCAAGGAGAGCCCAGCAAGGACAUGCAAGGAACUACAGAUGUGCCAUUCAAAUAUGAAGGAUGGAGAAUAUUGGAUUGAUCCAAACCAAGGAUGUAACCGUGAUGCCUUCCGCGUGUUCUGCAAUUUCACGGCAGGGGGAGAAACCUGUCUCUAUCCGGACAAAAAGUUUGAGUCGGUGAAAAUUGCAGCGUGGAAUAAAGAAACCCCAGGAGAAUGGUACAGCUCCUUUAAAAGAGGAAAGAAGUUCCACUACAUUGACGCCGAUGGGAACCCUGUACAUGUAGUGCAGAUGACCUUCCUGAAGCUGCUCAGCGCUGUGGGCCACCAACAGUUCACGUAUAAUUGUCAGCAGUCUGUUGCAUGGUAUGACAUGUCACAGGGGAACUACAACAGGGCCAUGAAGUUCCGAGCAGAUAAUGAAGAGGAGCUCUCACACAGUCGCACACCUCAACUCAGGGCAAUAUACGAUGGGUGCAAGCUUCGGAAAGGCAUUGAAAGGACCGUGCUGGAGAUAAACACCUUCAAAGUGGAACAAUUACCCCUCAGGGAUGUGGCUGUCACUGACUUCGGAGACAAUAACCAAAAGUUUGGCUUUGAAUUAGGGCCUGUCUGCUUUAAUGGUUAAUAAUUAUGACUCCAAAGAACACCUCUUGAUAAGAAAGAGAAGCCAGUUGUUGUUUUUCUCACCAAAUGGACCAAAAGAAAAUACCACCACAUCACUGGCAAGGGUUUAUCCUGACAGUUUUCCUUUUUUUAAUUUUGUGUUAUAUAUUUUAUGUUUGGAUAUCUGCAAAGGGCCUCAAAUUUGUCUUCAGCAAAAGGUCCACUUUUUCCCCCCUCUAAACAAGGAUAUACGCAAGCCAAAUGCCCUUUAUAUGCUUUAGGUUGUUAAUGUAAGGAGAGAAUCAGAUGGUGGCAUGGAGGUUACUAGACGAGAAUGAUUCAAGAUGGUGAAUGGGAUAUAUGGAAUUCUCCUAUCCCUCAAAGCAUCCCUGGUUUGUGCACUGGAGCGUAAGCAACCAAUCAGGAUGUUUCUAGUGAUGCCUCACACAAGGAACUUUAAGAAGCAAAGUGCUCUGAUUGGCUCCGGCCAUUAGCAAUCAUACACUGAAUAUGGUCUCCCAAAGUCAGCUCUUCAGAGGCCUCUUGUUUAUCCCUGAUUGAUAAGGGGUUCAUUUAUCAGUGAUGCCUUUCUAACACGGAAUACAGGGGUGACACCCCUCCAAUGAGAAAAUGGUGACGCAAAUAUUAACUUAUAUUCUAAAUGUACUGUAUAUUUUAUGUGUAUAGGUUAUCUAACACUGUUUAAAUGGACAUCUGGUUCUGUGUAUUAAAGUAAAACAUUCUAUUUCCCCUGCAUUCCCAAAGCUGUUCCUUUCUUGGUAAUCCCGCAUUAGAGAUUUCUCCAUAAAGGAUAUUUUCAUUUUAUUGAUUUACUUUAAUACACAGAUCUAUUAUAAUCACUUCUUGGUCCCAGCAGAAAUUCAAUGAAUCCAUGAGGUUUUGGUAAAGAAAAACACAUUAGGGCUCACUUACGCUGCUGCUUUGUGCCUUGAACCUGGAGUGGAAAUUAGAGCUCACCACAGUAAAUAUCCCCAAUAUCUAGUCAUUUCUAUUGGAUUUUGGGGACUUAUUUAUCAAUGGGUGAAGGUUAGAGUUCACCGUUUGAUAAAUACACCUCUAAAUAUCCCAUAGGGAUGAAUAGAGAGUGGGGGAAUUGUACAUGCCAUAAAUCCCAUAAAGUUCAAGGCACAGUGCACAGCUCAAGGCAGCCCUAUACUUAAGGCCUGGCUUUGGUGCUUUAGGCCUGUGUUUUGCCCUUCCACUUUGCUCCACUUCCUGAAUUACUAAGCAUGCUCCAUAUCAUCAAAAAAUCGUAUUUUGCUAUCAUUACUGAAAAGGACUACUACUAUGGGUGCUAUGUUGUACUAUGCCAAAAUCCAACUGUGACCAAAAUAAAACAUGAUCAAGCAUGCUCCCUUGUAUGGUCUUCCCACCUCUUUCCAACAGGACAGAGCAUGCUCAGGCCAUAAGAGAGAGAACUAGAAAGCACUCUCCAACUGUUGCCACAAAGCAAGUAGAGAUACCAGCAAAGCAAAGACACACAAAUCGCAAGAAAUAAAAUCAAACCAAUGGCAUCUUUUGUGCAAUUAACAGUGAGUAAAUACGGUGCUAAUGCCUUUAGGAAUAUGGAGGCAGCAGGGAUUUUGUUUUGGCAGUGAUCAGCCUUUUUACCAGAGGCAACUUAUCCUACUGGUGGCCAUGAAAUGUGACGCUGAGAUUUCUUCAUAAGAAAGAGGGGAUUACUUGAAUUUACUCUCGAUACAGAGUGGCGCUAAAUCUUAUGAAGUAAAUAUUGGUGUUAUUGUGCUGUUGUUAGGGCUUUUCCCUUCUGUGGUGCUAGAACUUGGUGGGGAUGCUCUAAAACAUUCAGAAGAUAACAUUUGUAGACUGGCUGAACUGUGUAUAUAUAUAUUUUAUGAAAUCAUGUUAUACAGGUGCACUUACAUUGCAUGCAUUAUGCACAGUAGAAGGUAAUACGAUCAUUGGAAUGUUGACGUUCUAGAGCAUACCAUACAAAUAUAGUCCUUGGCCAAUGUGGCCAGUCAAAGACCCCAGUCAGCAUGUAUAUCUGGGGUACUCAAUUGACCUGGCCCUUUUAUGUGCCUACAUGACUUGCAGACCACUUGUUUUGCCUGAGGACUCAAGGAAUGGCUGUCAUGCCCAAUUUGGUUGUUUAUGUGUUGUCCUAAGUAACAACGCCACCCACAUGCACUUAAGGCAUUAGCCAAUUUUAUUGAGUCACAGACUGACUUGUGUUGGAGGGGAUAUUUCAGGGGGAUAACCCUCCCUUUGUUCUAAGUGUUACUCAAGACUCUAAAUGUCUAAAUGGUGAUGCCAGCAAAUUCCCUAAUUUAUCUUUGGUCCUAAAAAAAACAUAUUAACUUAGAAAUUAUUAAUCAAGUCACUAGUGGUCCCAAGUGGUAACUCAUUAAAUAUGGCACAGUAAGCUGACAUCUUUAUCACAAAACUUGUCCCAUUUACUCAUACAACAUGUCAUUUAGUCAUCUUGUUCUUUAAUAAAACUGUAGGGUCGUAUCUUGCAGUGGUCACUUUCAUUAUGUUUCAUCAAUUUUCCAUUUUAUUUUGUUUAAACAAUCAUUUGUAUAUUUAUUUAGCAUUAAUAAAUGACCCUUUGUGUUCAAGCAAGUAAUAAUUUGAGUGAAAAGUGUAAAAUAUACAGAGUUUAUGAUGUCUGUUCUCUCUGAACAAACUAAUGAAUUAGUGACUUAGUAAAAAAGGCUUAUUGAGGGUUUCAGUCAGCAAAUUUGGUUGGUGGACAUUUUAUUACAAUAAUAAGAUUAUGCUAAAUGUGUAAUUUGAAAUAGGAAGGAAUAGUGAGUAAGAAACAUAAGGGUGAAUAAAAUAAUGUCUACAAGGUAGGACUAGGGGAGUUCUGUAAAGCAAUCAGGGGCAAAAGUAGAGUAAGGAGCAAGUCGGAGAGGAACUAGAGGUUAGCCUGCUGGGAAUGUAUGGGUGGAAGGGGAGCAGGUCUAAGAGGUUAUGGAAUGGUUGGAGGGCAGAGGGCCAUUCUUGGGCAGGGCGUGGAACAGGGAGAGACGUUACAGAGACAAAGGUGACAUUAAAAAAACCACAAUGCCAGAGGGUGGAAAUAUUAUAGAAGUUUUAUGGAUAGGGGUGAGGGAAUAAAAAAAAUAAUUAGAGAUGGGGGGUGGGUUCAGGGAAAAGGGUGUAUAGAUACAAGAACAGGGCAUGAAGAGACACAAGUGUUUAGGACAGGAGACGUAGGAAGGGAACAGAGGUGAGGGGGCUAAAGGGUUAGCAAUAGGGAUAUGGGACAGAGUUAUGGUAAAGUGUACAGAUGUGGGUCCAAUGGGGAGAGAACCAGGAAAAUAAAGGGGCAGAGGUAAAAAGUACUGGGACAACAAUCUUAAAGAUGAUAAAAACCCUAAUGGGGGGGAGGGGCAGGCAUAAAGAAGAUGGAGAGAGAGAACUUUGUAGGCACAUACUCUGUGGACGUACACCCAUGUACACGUCUUAAAAUGAGAGCCGGAGAUAUCGCAAUAUGCAGUUUUUUCAUGAAUAGAGUGUGGACUUAGAUUAUGUAGCAGUUGAGUGCUGAUUAUCUUAACCAGGCUACAAAGCCAGACUGUUGAGGGAAAGCAAGCAGAUAGUCAACAUAGUCAUCCUCUACAGGCCCCAUUGGCGUGUGUGUCAGAAGAGAUAGUACAGUACAGUGAGGUACAAUGAGCCAGUAGAACUGGAGAGGACCUCUCAAAAGUCUAUGGCUUGAAGGUUGCUGGCCUGGAAGUGAAACUUGGAUGAGUAUAACAAUACUAUAAAACAGAUGAGUAGGUGAGUAGUAAUGCACGCAUUUUGCUCCAAGUUGUUCUCUUUGCAACUCAUAAACUUUUUUACAAGAUUUGUUUGCUAUUGUUUUCUCAUUACAGUCAAAAAUAUCUGAAGAUAACAUACCAACAACCUCCAGCUUUGUGAUAUCUAUCAGGCCACGGAGGGAGCAAGUAGAAUGGGCCCCUUAUGAGGAUAUACCAAAUCAGCCAGAGGGUUAGUCUGAAGAGUUACAAGAUGUACUAAUGUUUUUUAGGUUUAAGCUAUUUUUCAUUUUUUUUUGGUGCAUUUCUUUUGGAAAAAAUAUUUUUCCUCUGAUGACGUCUACAGUGAAACCUCUUAACCACUUCACUAACUGCAGUGUAGUAAUAUGAUAUUUGUAUUAACAUGGACUAUGCUAUAUAAGUAAAGGGGGCCAUUAUGGGUGGAGAUGAAGAUUCCAGGUCAGUGAAUAAAUUGCUCACACAUUCGGGCAAAAAUUCUCUGAGAUGUGUCCAUAAGAAUUGAAAUUGGAAUUCUAAUGUUUCCCUGUAUUAUCAUAUCUUUAUUAAUCAUACAAACUUUAAAAAAUGUGAAAUUAAAUUCAGUGUAUGAUAAAAAAUGCAUAUUUCAGUUCUGUGUAUGAUAUAUAUAUAUAGAGAGAGGGACAGAAAGGGGGAAAGACCAUUAUGUGCAAAUAAUGAUUAAAAAUCUGAAAUAAUUAUAUUAUAUCCUUAUAUGUCCAACCAAAGUUAAUACCAAAAUGAGCAUCUUUGGUUCCUUGUUUGAUCUAAAUUAUACAUCUACAUUGUUUGGUUUCCAUGUAGAGGAAUUUAUGGGCCAACUGGAAGGGUCUCUUUUGGCCUUGGAGGCAGAAAAAGUUGCAGCAGGUCUCAAAAAUAAGGGGGACUCUCCAGCACCAACCACACUUGUCCACAUGAUCCUCAAAGCCACACGUAUGUGGAGUUUUAACAUUGUCUAGAAGAUCUCUGCCAUUGUUGGAUGGAGCCAGGUAGAAAAUCCACCCUCUUUCUAGGACAAUGCAUGCAGCUUCUGGGCUUUAGAUCCACAACGUAGCUGCCAGAAUUCCCCAACUGCCUUCAGUAGCUUCUAUGAUGAAUAUUAGCCACAUGAAGAGUGCUGUGCAGAUCAGAAUAUUAGGAAUUAACUUAGGGCUUCAGCCUGUUAUGCCUGACUAAGUGCUUGGCCCUCAGUCCCUUUAGGGAUGCCGCUUUAUAAGAUCUGAUGUUAUUGUGCAAACAUACAAGGUUCUGAUGGACCCACUGGAACCCCUGCCCUUGAUGCAAAGUUGCCUUUCCCACUUCAGGCAUAUUUUAUGAAUUGGUAAAAGGGGCCACGUCCUUGGGGUUCCAGCUAAGGUGCAUUGAUUCGUCCAUUCCAUUUGCAUAGGUUUCUUCUGUGUGUUUACUUCUCUCUUCCACAUAUUCCAUGAUUUUAUCUUAAUGCAGCACUUCAUGGGACAUUGCCUGCCCAGUUUGAUUUGCAAUUAACCAAGACUGACCUCCAACAACAACAUCUAAAUGUAUGAUAAUCUAAUACCACAUUCUCUUCAUGAAUUGGCUCUUGUCUACUAUAUUAGGGGCAGUCUCAGUAGAAUCUAACAUAUCACUUGCUCUAACAUCUUAAGUAAACAUCUUGUAUGCAACUGCAAAAAUUACAUUUUAUGUGGACUUGACUAAUUAUCUUGUUAAUAAACAGUUUUAUUUAGUUAACUUUAUAAAAUAGCCUACAGUAGCCAGUUAUGAGAAUAAUCAAGGACAGUGUCGGACUGGCGUGUCCAGGGCCCACUGGGGGCUGCCAACUCAAGGACCCACAACUCCCACCACUCCAGACCUUUAGGCCCCCACCCUCAUCAUUAGCUCCUCCACCACCCACCCCAUGCUGCCCACCACGCACCUUUGAAAACUUGCGCAGCCAACCAAUCCCCCACUGGGUUUUCUCCUGCUACUCCUGUCAUCCCAGUCCGACCCUGAUCCAGGACUGUACUUUCCCCUUCCACCAAAUGUAACUGCACUAAUAUGCCCUUGCGAUGAAGACCUGCUAGAGAUUUCUUUGUAAUGCCAGUGAUACCCACCCCCUUGUCAUAUAUCGUAUAUAAUUGUUCUCAGGGAAGGUAUAGUACACUUGUACCUCAGUAAACUGAUAUUACAGGCUUUAGUCCCUCUGUGAACUCUAUCCCCUAUUCUCUCUAUACCAGUUUUAAUGGUUCCACUCUCACCAUGCUGUAGAGAUGCCCAAGGGUUUGAGGUGCAGUAGGGAUGUGGGGAAAUCCCUUGUGUGUCUAUAAGAUAUGGUAAGAGUGUCUCACAUUUGGAAGCAAUUGCUCUGCAACUCUAAUGGAAGGCGGGAGUAGCACACUAUAGAAUGAGGGGCUAAGGUUUGUAAUAUCAACAAGAUUCAUUGAGGCAUGAGUGUUUACCUUCCCUGAGUACAAUUACAUACAGUGUUCAGAGGACCUUUCUCUGUACAUCAACUCAUUGUUUGGGUUUAUAUUAACCUCUGUUAGAGUAAGUGCCCCUGAGAUGGUAGAUGUACACCAUUCACAGAGGGAAUGUGGCAUCACAUUUUUCAGUGUUUCAUUUCCACCUUGUGUUGGAAACUUGUGUGGGCAAUGUAAGUGAGAAAUUUAGAAAGGAAACUACUCUGCAGGUCUAUAGGCUAAUAUAGGCUAAAAAGCAUGCGUGGGCCCUUUUUCCAACUCACAGUAUCUAACUGAUGUGGGCUAAGUGGCUGAGCAGAAAGGAUGGCGACAUAGUGCGUUCCUCUAGCGGCAUCCUUAUAGAGAGUGAGAGCCAUUACAUCCCAAAGCUCUCUGAGUAAAGCCCUUAUCAUCUGGACUCUUCACGUGAGGCUAAACUCUGCUUUACAAGCUGCUACAUGUCCAUAUUAAUAAGCAUGUCUUACAAUGUGGGGGUUCCAGCGACUGCUUUGGAGGUUUGAGCCCCAGAUGCCGUUUGCAAUGUCCCAGAUAGUGACAAGAGUUGUAGCAACCUUCUAGCUAGUAGUGAAGCUCCACAUCUGAGGGGACUAGAGCAUCCUGGGAAACAAUCAAGUGUCAUGCUGAAUGGCCUUUGUUCUAAGACUGUGGCUGGGCCAGUAACCUCUUCUACCUUCAUGGUCCAAUGGACAUCUUUCAUCUGGCCUCAAGAACACUUGCAAGCCCCCCAAAAAAUCCUAAUAUUUUAUGUUCGAUUAUAUAAUUUUUUCAACUAAUUCAUGAAUUUUAGAUGUUUUAAUCAUUAUAUGCACAAAGAGAUAGAACUAGGGGUAGACAACUAUUGGGGGGGGGAGUGGAGACUGGCAGCAGGCGAAUGAGGUAGUUGAGGUACGAGCAAGUAGGUGGCAGGGUACAAGCAGGGGGCUGGGCCCAGUAGUAUUGCCCUGGGGGCAAAUACUAUUUGCUCAGCUAUGUGUGCACAUUCUUCUAUAUAUACAGAGAAAUGAAAAAUGCACUUUUUUGGAAAAUUAAAAAUCCACAAUAUUAAGCUAUAAAGAUACAGUUAUACAGUUUGAAGCAUUAAUAUACUAUAUGAUAUGUGAUGUUGACAGAGAUAGCUACUCAGAACAACAGUUUUGGCACACAGCCAUAUGGCAGAAUUCUAUUUUCAUUCAUUGUGGAUCUGUACCUGAGAAUUCCUACUAAGAGCUAUGGCCAACUUCAUCUCCGCUUAUACAGUCUCCAUGAUCAUAUCUGUAAUAAUUAAAAUGAAGAUACUAAAUGUUUGUUUGCAAAGAAAAAUAAUCACAAAUUACUUGGAAGUGAAAUACUAUAUUUGCUAACAUGUAGCUAUGGGUAUGUGUAAUAUAGCGCCACUGGUGUGGUCUAUUUUUCAUUAACCAAAAAAUUUUCAGCACCCCUUUAUAAUAAAUUGGUAUGGUCCAUGUGAAGACCAGCUGUUAUAUUGAGUAAGUAGACUGGUUAAGGGGUUCUAAUUGAGAUUUAUUAUUAGACCACCAGAACAAGUAAAAAAUAGUUAUGAAGCCUCGCUCUGUUGGCUCCUGAAACUAGCCAGCCAGCUGAGAUCCGGCAUUGAUAGUACCAACCUCUUGCUCUCUCCUUGGGUUGAAGGAUGCCAAUACCAGGCUGUACAGGUGCAACAUCAACUGUAAUGAGAAGAAUGUAUAAGCUGCAAAAAUAACAUUUUCAUUGGGAGGAGAAGCAAAAUGUGUUUGUCUGAAUACUCACCAGGAUGUCAAUGUCGUCCUACUCUCCUUGUCCCCUGUAUCACUUCUGUGAUGGUAUCUUGUUCCUAAUGUGCCUCAUUAUGUCAUACAACCUAAUCUGACACACCAGGCAGAAGUGAUGGUAGAGAGUUAUGGCAUUUGCUGUCUGACUUUGUGGCUUGGCUGAGUACAGUGGAACUACAUCAAUUCUCCAAGCACUCAACUACAACAUUAUCUAUUGCUGAAUUCUUUCCUUGCCUUAGGGUUCCCUUAUCUCUCCUACUAUUGGGAACCAUAACCCUAGAGGGGUCUUCAAUGUAGAAAAUAACUAGGUUGACCACUCCACACUCCUGCUCCAUCUUUUCCAAGCCUGAUCCUGUCCCACCUUUGGCUUUUAUCCCUUUCCUUUUCUCACCUGUUCCUAAUCCCCCAUAUCCUUUUCUGUUUCUCAUCUGUCCCUUAUCCCCUAACCAAUCCCAAUCCUCAUCCCUUUAUCUUACUCUUUUGCCCCCUUCAUUUCAGUGGACUGUGUUUGUCACCCCUGUAUCUCUGCCUCCUUUCCCUGUGGCUGGCCUUGCUAUCUUAACCAAUCUCCUACCAUUCCUUUUCCUUGUAGACCUGACCCACUUUGCACCUCCAGCAGGCUUAGCACUAGUCUCCACUUGCACUCCAACAUUUCCACCUUGCUAUUCAAGUCACCCCCAGUCCUUCUUUGCAGACAUUAUUUGCUCAAUCCUUCCUCUUGCCCAGUGCCACUUGGGCUCUGUAGUAUAGAAAAAUGGUCACCAUGGAACUUCUUGCUUGCAGGCAGAGUUUUUUACAGAAAGUUUAUUGACCCUUCCUUAGAAUACUCAUUUACUAGUUCAUUAGUAGAGAACAGUCAUCAAUAUAUCUUUAUGCAUUUAUCACAUUGAUUCAGUCUUGACAGAAUGCUUAUCAUUGCUAAAUAAAUAUAUAUUAUUUGACAAAACCCAUCACAAAUUGUUGAUAAAGGGUACCCAGGAAGUGAUAAAUAUGGCCGUGUCAAAUAAAAGUCAAGCAGUACCUGCUGCCUCCUGUAACACAGAACACAAUUAGUUCAUGUUUUAUUUUGUGUUGAAAGUGUUGCUACUAAUUACUGACUAAGAUACAAUUUUUUGGUUGUUUUUUUUUUAUAAAAGAAACCUGUUUUAUAUGGUGCUAGAACAAUUAUACCAAAUCUGUGUUAUAAAAAUAAAUAAAUAUGAUUUAAA